UGGAUCAGAUCGCAUCCAUAUUGUUUUCCGGAACUCGCCGCGGCUCUUCUCUUCUCGCCCAUCCGCCGCCCGCCCUUCGUCUCCCACUACAAGGUCCCGUCGAAACCCGGCGAUCUCGAAGCAGCGAUCAUGGAGGCGGAGGCCGGAGGCAUCGCUCUUCUCUCCAUGUACAACGACGAGGAGGAGGACGACGACGAACAAGAGAUCGAGGCCGACGCCGGAGUCGGCGGCGGCGCCGACGCCGACGGCGGAUCGAAGAACAACGGCGUUGCCCCACCGCCGUAUCCUGCCCUAGAGGGCUCUUCUCCCUUCCUAGGCGCUCGAUCUCCUCUCUUUCCCGACGAAGGCUCGGAUUACAAAACCCUAAAAAGCCCCGUCGCCCGGAGCCCUACGCCGCCGCCGUUUCGUCUAUACCAGCAGUCUUCGCCCUUUCCCUUGACCUCUCCUUCUCCGCCUCCGCCGGCGCCGGUGCCGGCGCUGCCGCCGACUUCUUUUUCCGAUCCUGUGGGUGCGCAGAGGAUGAGGAGAGGGUCGUUGGUCAUAGUGGAUUACGCCCACGAUGAAAACGCCAUGUCUCCCGAACCUGAGGAAGGAGAGAUACUGAGCAGUGGCCGUGUUGUGAUGGGCGCAGAGCUCCAGGUUUCCAAUGGGAACCUUGAGGAGAGGACCCCACCAGGAACUGUUCAUAUUUUAACACCAAACACCCAACAAGAACCUCCUCAGUCUUCUGAUUUACCCGAGCAAUCCAAAAAUGAAAUCAGUGUUGCAAUGGAUUUUGCUGUUACAGAGCCUGAAGUAGCUCCGGUUGAGGAAGCUGCUGCAGAUUCUAUAGAAAUGCAAAAAGAUGACCCGUUGAAUAAGUUCCUUCCUCCACCCGUGACAAUAAAAUGCCCUGAAGAGUUGCAGGAAAAGAUAAACAAGUUUCUUGCAUAUAAGAGGGCUGGGAAGAGUUUCAAUGCUGAUUUGCGUAAUAGAAAGGAUUACCGAAAUCCUGACUUCUUGCAGCAUGCUGUGAGAUAUCAAGAUAUAGAUCAGAUAGGGACUUGCUUCAGUAAAGAUGUGUUUGACCCUCAUGGGUACGACAAAAGCGACUACCAUGAUGAAAUAGAGGCUGAUAUGAAGCGCGAAAUGGAAAGAAAGGAGCAGGAAAGGAAAAAAAGUCAGAAAGUUGAGUUUGUUGCAGGAGGCACACAACCUGGAACAGUUGCUCCGGCAUUGAAGAUGAGCAUGCAGAUCCCAGUUGCAGGUGUUUCAGGUGCUGCGGCAGGGGUUGUGCAGCCAGUUCCAACAGCCGUAGAUGCCAUAACAAAAGAUAUUAGACAAAACAAGAAAACAAAGUGGGAUAAGAUUGAUGGCGAUGUAAAAAAUCCAAUGCAUACUGGAGGGCAUGAUAAUCUUUCUACAGUUGGUGUGCAUGCAGCACAUUUGUCAACUGCUAAUGCUGGUGCUGGAUAUACUGCAUUUGCGUCAUAGGUUUGAAACAUGGAAAUAGCCUCUUUGUUUGCAGGGGCAACAAAAGAGAAGAGAAGCUGAAGAGAAAAGAUCGAGUGAGAGAAAGUUUGACAAAAGAUCAUGACCUGAUUAAAUUUCAUGGAGAUCUUCAGCCAUGUUUUGUUAAUUCCCAUAGAUCUGUAUCAUUAUAGAAGUGUGUCUUUUUGAUACCUUGCUAAUGAAGUCAUCUUUUACAGCUCAGAUGCUCUCUCCAGUUUCAAUAUUCUUCACUUCUAAAAGAUAUGAGAGUAUUACUUAAGCCUAUUGAGGCGGUGCCAAAACCCUUUUACGGUAGAGAACCUUCGGCUGGAUCAUGGUAGUUGGCUUUGGAAUGUACUCGGAAAUUCUUUACAUGCUUAGAUGUUUCAUCUUGUUUUGCAUCUGUCCCAGGCACAUUGUUGAUAAAGUUGGGCUGGGAGGAUAUAGGCAUAUGAACUAAGCUGUUGGCAAGUUACACGAACUAUAUCUGUCAACCAGUAUAAUAAUAAUUCUUGUAAGCUGAUAAAUUUUAACAUUUAGUUUGAGUUGCACAUCUAAUUAUGGCCGUUGCAG